AUGACGGAGAUACUACACAAUGCCCCCAUUGUCUUGGACAAUGGUUCGGGAACCAUCCGCGCGGGUUUCGCCGGCGACGAUUUGCCCAAAUGCUUCUUCCCGUCGUGGGUGGGCAGGCCAAAGCACCUCAGGGUUCUUGCUGGCGCUCUGGAAGGCGAUGUUUUUAUCGGCCAAAAGGCCGCCAGUGAGCUGAGAGGCCUGCUCAAGAUCCACUAUCCUCUGGAACACGGCAUUGUCACAGACUGGGAUGAUAUGGAGCGGAUAUGGGAGUACGUGUAUGGCGAGGGACUGAAGACGUUGAGUGAAGAGCAUCCCGUCCUGUUGACGGAACCUCCUCUAAACCCCCGAAGCAACCGUGAUACCGCCGCACAGAUUCUGUUCGAAACAUUCAACGUCCCCGCACUGCACACAUCCAUCCAGGCUGUUUUGUCAUUAUAUGCCAGCGGUCGAACGACUGGUAUUGUGCUGGAUUCUGGCGACGGUGUAUCGCACGCGGUGCCCGUGUACGAGGGGUUUGCCAUGCCCAGCAGCAUCCGACGAAUUGACGUGGCAGGACGCGAUGUCACAGAGCACCUGCAAACACUGUUACGGAAGAGCGGCUAUGUCUUCCAUACGAGUGCCGAGAAGGAGGUGGUGAGGCUGAUUAAGGAGAGCGUGUCAUAUGUGGCGCACGACCCGAGGAAAGAGGAGAGGGAUUGGAUUGGGGUGAAGCCGAACGAGAGCAAGUUUGCCGAGUAUGUCUUGCCCGAUGGGCACAAGCUCAAGAUUGGUCAAGAACGAUUCAGAGCGCCGGAAAUCCUGUUUGACCCGGAACUCAUCGGCCUCGAGUACCCUGGCGUCCACCAGAUUGUGGUGGACGCCAUCAACAGGACAGACCUCGACCUGCGCAAGUCGCUGUACGGCAACAUUGUGCUGUCGGGCGGAAGCACAUUGACCAAGGGUUUCGGCGACCGGCUGCUAACGGAGCUGCAGAGGCUGGCAGUCAAGGACAUGAGGAUAAAGAUUUUUGCGCCGCCAGAGCGGAAAUACUCGACAUGGAUCGGGGGAAGCAUUCUCGCUGGACUGAGCACAUUCCGCAAGAUGUGGGUGAGCGUUGACGACUGGCACGAGAACCCGGAUAUUAUCCACACCAAGUUUACUUGA